AAACAUGUCGGCUUUUGCUUAUCUUCAGAAAGAUUACGACAAGAUUCAACAAAAAAAGAAAUUAGAAACCGAUUUGGUGAAAAACUUGAACAAACCUAACAGUAACAAAAAACGCAAGAGAGAAGAUCAUGUCGACGACACGACGGAAAACGAAGCAGACGAUGAAAUGGUGAAAAUGGUGAAAAGACUAAAGAAGACCAAAAAAAGAGAUUUGGCAGCCAGAAAGAAAUCGAACAUGAAAAAGGACAGAGAAACACUGCAGACAAAGAAGAAAAUGCUUUUGGGACAGAAAAAGCGUUUGACAGCCAUGAAAACAAAACUUUUCAAGUCUAAAAAAAAACAAAAUUCUCUAAGCGAUGAAGAUGAAAAAGAAUACGACCCUUCUUCUUCUUCAUCAUCGACAGAAGAAGAAGAAGAAGAAGAACAAGGUGACGAAAUGGAAAAUAUUGCGGAUUACAUCGGUUAUUUGGAGGAUGGGAUAAACCAGGCCAAUGCCAACAUCAAAGCACAAGAGAAGAUGUUUAAAACUCUUUUUAAUAUCAAUGUGGACGAAGAGAUGGAAAAUAGAAGCGAAGAAUUAUUACAAGCGGAUGAAGAGGCCCAACGAAAACGUAAUGCUGCAGCGGAAAGAGCUUUCAAUACACUCAAGAGGGUGAGCGAAUUGGAGGAUGAAUUAAAACAACACGACCAAUUCAAAGCGGUCAUGAAGUCCAUGUUGGGUGACAGAGGCGUCUCUACGGAGAAAACAAAGGAUAAAAAAGAGGCGGCAAAGAAAACAAAAUCAAAACCAUCCAAGGCAUCAAAGAGUGAAGAACUGGAAGAAGAGAAUCAGGACACGUUAUUGGCGGACGCUCUGGCAAAAUUAGAGAAGAAGAAGAAUAGAAAACGAAAGAAGCAAAAUAAUUAGACCUCAACUUUAUUUUUUUUAUCAUGCCUGAAAAACGUGUGCAUGCUGCUGCCGUGGAGGAAGACUUAGAAGUAGUGGAAGAAAAACUUUUCAAAUCUGGCGAAGAAACCAAAACUCUAGAUGAGACUUGGGGAGAUUAUUUUCCCGUUCGCAUCAAUCCAGAACCUUUAGCUGCUGGCGAAAAUGCCAAGAUAUUGCGAUUUGAAGUCAAAUCGAGAGGUGACACGUUUCUAAUACCGGCCAAACACAUCCGUCUACACGCUGCUUUCAUACUAGACAGAGAUGGGGCAGGUGCUAGAUUUGACGAUCCUCACGCUAACGGUCGUGCCAACGGUGCAGAUCAUUACGGCCGAUUUGUGAAUGGAUUGAAGUACAAGGCAAUCAAGAAAAUCCGAGUGAAACCGGGAGGUCUUCAAGACAUAGAACAAGUCGGUGACCAUUUGAAUUGUAAAGAGUGGCUGAAUUUCCUGGCUUUCUACAACAAGUACGAGAAGAAAAAUAAGGCAAAACGGAGAAAUGAUUUCUUCGAACCAGAUUUGGUGGGUUCUCACUGGGAAAAUGCAGUGGGAGUCACUCUGACAGAUGCACAGAUCAGGGCAGUCACUAAUGACAAGAAAGGAUUGGAUGCCAUGAGAAGGUUGGAAAAGAGAUGUUUUGAUGAAGAUCCCAUACACAUGGAUUUUUCUCCUCUUCCUGGAGAAUUUUGUCAGAUAAACAGUGCAACAACAAGUUUUUUUAAUGGCACAAUAGAAAUAGAAUUUGCUUCAAAUCAGCAAAUGAUUAUUGCCAGACAAGGUGACGAUACUGGGUUGGGAACGGUAGAGCAAGGCCAUUAUCGGUUGGAUCGUGCCAACUGUUAUCUGGAAAUAUUGUACAUGCAAAAAGCAGAUCCAAACGAAAAUGCAGACAUUCAAGAUGCCAUGAUAAAUCACGGCGCUCAGACGUUCACUGGCACGGACAAGUUUCACCUGAUGGUGAGUCCCCCUUUUCGUCCAGUUGUGGGCGAUAAUCUCAUUCAACGCUGGCACACGCUGGACUACAGAAUUCCCAACAGAGGCUUCAUAGGAAUCAUCAGCAGAGCAAGUCUAAUAGAUGGUGCUUUUGGAACAGACAUGUUUCAAUUUCAGCCCUUCAACUGCGAUUAUGUGCAGGUAUUUGUGGACGAAAAGAACAUCGUCCGAGGAGACAGGAUAGAGUGGAGAGGAGAUAACACACAGAGGAGGGAGUUGUUUUAUCAGAGUCAGUGCGAUGCAGUGGCUCGAUAUCACAACGAUAUAAGAGACAACAUCUUCAAUCUCGAUCCAGAAGCUCUUCCCCGUUCCAUGUGGCUGUGGUAUUACGAGACGACUGCCAAUUUCGAAGCAGGUUUGGCCAACGCUCUUCAGAAGAUAGAAAAGACCUUCCGAGCCAAUCUACACUUCACUCAAGCCAGUAACGACGAACAUUACCUGUGCAUCUUCUAUGUGGCAAAAGAUCAACUGACGAUGAUGGAUGCAAC